GGUGUGCAGCGUAACCCACUGGUUGGACUUCCAUGGCAGAGCCGCUGCUAUGAUCACAUCAGAGGGGACAGUCUCCUCCUGGCUCCCAUUACCAUGAGAGAGGCCAGCGGCUCUGAGCUCAGCCGUGCUCCUGCUCCACUCCUCGGCUCGCUGUGGAUUUUUAUCUGCCCCGUUGCACCUCCGGCUCAUCUGUCAGUACUGAUCAGUGUGACCUAAGUAUGCUGGUUCCUUGUUGGAUUUUGGCUCUAACCCCUACCUGGUGACAGGACCUUGGACUUGGAUUUAAUUUUCACUCGCUGACUGUUUCAUGUCCCACCCCUGAUGGCCCUAUAAUACAGUUAGCCAUGUUGAAUGCAGCUGAAUAACGCACAAGAUUCAGGGAAAAAGAAAAAACAAAAACAAAAACGGCAACUUUUCUGAACUCUCCUCCAAGGACUGCGAUGUUUGUCUUAGAAUGAGAAACUGAGUGAAGAAAAAGUGGAAAGCGAGGGAAUCUGAGGGGGCUGGAGCGCUCGUGUCGGUGACAGAAGAGAAGAGCUGCGGGGAGGUUGCCAUCCUAUCUGUAGGUUGGCAGAAGCAGAGCCAGCCAGACCCUGAGGAUGACCAGCCUGUUCAGGCGCAGCAGCAGUAAUGGAGGCUCAAGAAGCGGUGGAAGCGGCGGAGGGGGCGGCGGAGGGGGUGGUGGCUCGACCCCGGGCCAGCUCAACAACAGCCGACCCAACCGGCAGGUCCGACGCCUGGAGUUCAACCAGGCCAUGGAGGACUUCAAGACCAUGUUUCCCACUAUGGACUAUGAGGUGAUUGAGUGUGUGCUGCGCUCCAACAAUGGAGCAGUGGAUGCCACCAUUGACCAGCUGCUCCAGAUGAGCAUUGACGGACAGGGCUCAGAUGACAGCUCAGACUCAGAUGACAGCAUCCCGCCAGAGAUUCUGGAGAGAACGCUGGAACCGGACAGUUCAGACGAGGAACCCCCUCCUGUUUACUCUCCACCAACAUAUGACAUGCACAUCUAUGACAGGAAAUAUCCAGAAGCCCCACCAACACCCCCACCAAGAUUUGAAGCUCAGCCGCCUCCAGGCCACCAACAGGUGAGAAGCUACCGGAACUGGAACCCUCCCUUGCUUGGAAACCUUCCAGAUGAUUUCCUGCGGAUCUUGCCGCAGCAGUCAGACAGUAUUAAGAGCUCUCAGAGCAGUCUGUCCCAGCCUUCAUCCUCCUCCUCCUCCUCAGUCUCUCUAAGCCAGUGGACGGCCCAAUCUGGCUCUCGCUCUGGAGCCGCAGGGUCCAGUGGAGGUUCAGGUCCGGCGGCAGGAGCUUCAGAGCAAGAGAAGAAGCUGAAGCAGUAUCUGGAAGACGAGCGCAUCGCCCUGUUCCUGCAGAACGAGGAGUUCAUGAGGGAGCUGCAGCGCAACCGAGAGUUCCUCAUUGCCUUAGAGAGAGAUCGCUUGAAGUAUGAAUCAAAGAAAUCAAAGUCCAGUCAUUCAUCUAGCAUGGAGAAUUCCACAGGAGAACACUGUGCUUCAGCUUCAGUGGAAGCCGUUUCCGACGACGCCAUGUUCAGAGACAAGCUCAAACACAUGGGCAAAUCGACAAGAAAGAAGCUGUUUGAAAUUGCCAGGACAUUCUCAGAAAAGACAAAGAGGAGGAAGUCAAAACGGAGGACACUAUUGAAGCAUCAUUCAUUGGGCACAGCGAACUCCACAGCCAACCUCCUUGAUGAUGUGGAGGGAAACCCCUGUGAGGAAGACGGUCGGCCCAGAAGAGCAGCCACUCAGGAAGAGAAUGAACCACGCAAAGAGUCGAUAUCAUGAUCCUCCCAUGCUGCACCACAUCAGGGUUACCAUGGCGACUGCAGCAUGACCCAUGGGUGGUGGCCUUGCAGCUCUUCCUACCUUACCCGCCCUCUCUAAUAUGAACCAGCCAAUCCAAGGCCCAGCGCUGGGUUGAGACCAGGAACUGGACUGUUCCCCAUGCACUGGGCUUAUAACUGUCUAUAACUGCAUUAUCUCUGUAUUAUAACACUUUAAUAUAUAAUUUCAAAUGUAAAGGAAAGAUGAGUUAGUCCUUACCAAUAUUUUUUAUUUGUUUCCUUUAAAUCUCCAUUGUAAGAGGUGCAUUAACUGUAGUAAUGAUUUUCCCAUAUUAACCCAUGAUAUAUUUUCCCAGUCCUAUACAGCAGCACACUCUAUGUAUGUCUGUAAUUAAGGUCCCUCAGGCUGGGUGUUUAAAAGCCAAAGUGUGCACAUGCCCCUUUAUAUACUCUAACCACGUAGAGUGUUUUUCUACCAUGUUUUUUAAAUGGAUAGUAAUAUUUUGCCGUUUCUUAACGUCACCCCCGCACAGAUCCACCCGGCCUCUUCUGGCAUAAGUCUGAAAAUUACAGGAACUUUUACCUGGAAGUGUGCAACAGGAAACUGUCCAGAGUAACACACAUGCACACAUUUUCAUAUCAAGGUAGGCAGUAAGCAGUGUGACCAGGGGACGUGUGUCACGGGUGGGCGGGCUGUGAAGAAAUUGAAAUUCUUGGGUGUGUGUGUGAACUUCAUAGGGGCUCAAGGUAAACCUGCGCAAAUGUCAACACUUGGCUGUAAUAACCACAGCUUUUCACAUCUCGGGCCACAUUCACAGCAAGCCUGUUUCGCUCGGUGAAGUAACUGUGCAGUUCCUUUCAUUUGAUUGGUUUGGUCAGGUGAAAAUGAUGACAUGUGACUCAGUGGCACCGAUUAACCACACGGCUGAGGGUGUGGUCACACCACCGAUUCAUCUCAUAUUCAUCAACAACACUUUUUCCUGGAGGAAAAUGAGAAGAAAAUGAAACAAAAACUAACCUUUGUUGACAAAAACUAUAAUGAAAUAUAAUGAAAUGUUCUUUCAUCAACAAAUAAAAGACAAAAAUUCCUAAAAUAGACUGAAUAGAAUGAAGGCACAACUCCUCAGUUUGGAAGGGAACAGAUGUAUGGGCUUAUUUACUCUGAUAAUUAUUUCAGCAUAAAAACAAAAACUAAAUUGAAAAAACAAGAAAAUAUAAUGGAUGUAGAUCAAUCUGUGUGAAAGACAUUAAUAAAGAACUUAAUGAAGACUUUAAAGAGAAAAACACGAGAAAAAAUUCAAAUCGCUGAAGUUAUUGUCGACAAAAAAUGACACCAAAACGUCAAUUCAAAAUUUGAAUGCCUAUGAUGUGACUAAAAUCAAAAUAAAUUUUAGUCAGAAUACUAAAACCUAACUAAAUUAAAAUUGGAUGGCAAAACGUUUUUUUUUUUUUUUUGGUUGUUGUUGUUGAGGUUCACAGUGACUAAUUACAAGUGAACCAAUGUCGCAUGGAGUCACAAGUCGCUUGAGGAGCUUUUCAGUCCAAACAAAUGUGGCUCGAGUUCCUGUUUCCUUAGCCAAGCAUGAAGGUCAGAACCGAGUGAGCAUCAGCCCAGAGAGCAUUUUGUCAUGCUGGGUUCUCCAAACAUCAGCAGCGUUCCCACGUGUCCUGGAAAACCUGGAAAUUACAGACUCGUUUUCCAGUCAUGAAAAACACCUGGGUAAAUUUGAAAAUGUCUUAUAUAAAUGAGAUCUUGGAAAAUUAUAAAGUUUGUAUGAGAUGAUUUGAUGCUGGGUUUCAACACCUGUUCUUACACACAUUGUUUUGUUGUCACGUGUACGGAAGGCCAAACAGGUCAAAAACAGGCAAAACCGACGCUUUGAGCCACACUGUUGUCAACACAUUUGCACAUUCUUAGCGUGCAGUAUAAUUUUUUUUUUUUGUUUCAUCGCAGUAUGGAAACUGGAAAAUUAAAUAAUGAGUAGAAAAAUAAAGUAGAAAAACAAUAAAGUUGAUGCCAUUAUUGGAGGCAUGUUAUGUUUGAGCUUAAAGCUAAUCCUAAUGAGGAACUGCUGGCUAUCAGAUGUUCUUACAUCUAUAAAUCCUCAUGUUUUAAGGUGGUUUUCUCACCACACUGCAGGUCUAUCACAAAAGGACUGACACCUGCAUUUCCAGCUGUCUCGUGUGUUUUUCGGUUCUGUUACUCAAACGACAUUGUUCUUACUUGGCCGAACGAUCCGAACUACAGGAGUAAAUGUUCCCGGGCCGCACAUGCUUGCUGUAAAGGGGCCCGUGAAGUGCGAGCUUCAUUCACUCUUCCACCAAAGCCAAGCUCUGCUUCUAUUCUGCCAGAGUCCCAAGAGCUCUUGUAAUAACCCUGAACAAGAAAUAAGCAAGAUAUUAUGAAACUGAAAUAUCACUCUAGCUACACUGCCAUAUCUCAAAUUGUCUCUACUCUUUUUCAGCACAUCAUUUCUAUAUUGAUCUCAUCUCCUCGAGUGAAGGGGAAUGCAUAUUUCUAAAUGCCAGUGUUAUUACUGUAAACAAUGCCAUAAUUUGUAGACAUUAUAGAACGAAUGCCUGUGAUUUCCACAUGAGUGACAGACGCGGGUCUGUCAAGGCGGAAAGUAAUUCUUUGGUGUGCGACUGGGGAGAAAACGGAUCUAGAGUGCAAUUGGAUGAUCCUGCUGUGAGGACUCACUCUGACAGGCUGCUAAUAAAACUGAGGACUGACAUUGGCCCUGUGCUUUAUCUGACAUACGGCUCUUUAGGCUGAACUGAGAAUCACAGAUUUGAUUAAAAAAAAAAAUUGCUUGUGAUCCAAGAGGUCUUUCAUCUGCGAUUGCAUUUUUGAGCAGAAACUGCCUAUUCCUCUCUUUCAUUGUACUGUAGAUUUUUAAGUAUAGCAUGGACUAAAGCAAUAGUAAAACUUCCAUGUAGCCUAUACGAAUGCAAAAUGCCGGGCGAACUAGAGAAGAUGAUGUUCUGGAGCUAGGCUUUCGUCACGAAGGUUAUUGAUGUUAAGAUCAUGACAGAAAAGAUGAAUUUCUAUCAGUGAAUUCCUUCCUUUGUGCAUUUUCUUCUUUUUUUUUGUCACUUAGGAUUUCUACACCUCAGAUGUAACUUCCCUGCACUUAUCUCAGUUCAUUUCCUUGUAAUUAAGACUGAAACAUCAACAUCUGCCAUCAUUAAAAUAUCUGAAGGUGCUAUCCACUUAUCAAAACAUGAAGAUGAUUCUGACUGCCGAGCGGUGGUGUCGAUGGGACGGGGUCACAACCUGAAAUUCUCCCGCUGCCGCAGUUUGGUGAAAUGUCGGCUCGUGCUGAUUGUGCAUUUAGUUGUUUUUCUCAUUUGUUUACUGUUGGUGACUUUUACUCAAGUGCUCACCAGCUUUAACCGGUAUAUCUUGGCAAAAAGUUCAUUUUUGAUUUUGUGAUGGCACACAAGGGGGCACUGUUGUCUUUAUUUAUUGCCAUCAGGCUUUCAACUUUAAUUUCUCUUAUUUGUUGCAUUAAAAAAAAUACCAGCUUAUUAUUUGACUGACUCAAAUUAUUUCAUUGACUCAAAUUGGGGUCAGGAGUCAAAGGUAAUGAACAAAAUGAAAGCCGCAAUCAGACAUGAGGCACAUGACACCUGACCGUAUGGAUUGUUCAAGUCCAUGACAUUUCACCCUCUUAUCAGUCGGCCUGUCAGUUCAUAAAAACAGUUCAUAAAAAAUGUCUUCAGUUCACAAUAUUCAGCUGUUGUCUAGAAAAGAAUGAAACAAUUUUUU